AUGCCGACGCCUCCGAUUCCACCAGCUCCAACGUUUAGGAGCGCUCCUAACAUAGCGCCUCCUCCGUCUUUCUCUUCAGCUCCAACUGUAGAAGCCGUUUACUCACAAGGUGUACAGACAAGCCUCGAUCGCCUAAAGAAUCCGAGCAUAGAUCUAGGAAAGAGCGAUCGCACAAGGAACGAAGACGAUCCCCAAGCUCUCGUCAUUCCCGGAAACGAUCACGAUCGCCCGACAGAUCAUCGCACAGCAAGCGAUCUCGACAAAGCGAACCGGAAAGAGGGAAGGAAAAAGAUAGAGGGAAGCAUGGCAAAUCCUCCAGUUCGUAUGUAG